AUGCAACUGAGCCGUUCAGGUUCCGCUCCCGUUAGUCCGGUUUUACGAACUCCACGUUCCUCUCCUGUCCCUCAACCUGCACACGCUCCGCAUUCCGCUCUUUUGUCAUUUGAUGUGACAAGUUUAGCCUGUCCGGGCGGUAAGCCUCUGAGGGACCAUAAAGCAGCAUUAUUCCACCAAACUGCUCGAGACCGUGAACUGCUAGCUAGUCUGCAACAGGCGAUUGUCACUGCUGUUGGCCCUGCGGCUUGUCUGUCUACUUCGGGCGUGCUUUAUAUGCGUGUUUCUUAUCACGAGGCUGGAGCACUAAUCGGAACUCGUGGCUGUCGCAUUCGACAAAUCAUGGAAACAACUGGAGCCAAGAUUCACGUGGGCAAGACUCGAAUCAGCGAACCUUUCGCAUUGACCAAGAUUUCCCGAGACCAACGAAAUAAGUUUUCUUCAAAACUCAAAUCAGAUUCAAUACUACCGUGUGAUGUCGGUGGUGAGGCUGUGGAUUCGUCCACAAAUCAACCUUUGCAGGACACCGAAAACAAUAACCCCGAUUCAAUCGAUCAUACUAAAGCUGUUGAGGUGGAUUCGAUUGCUGUCACCAAGGUGGAUCGUCCAACAACUGAUAUUGAAACAUGCGAAGUCAGUUCAGAUGAAGCAGCACAAACAAUCCCCACCGAGCAUAUAGAAACAAAAAUCAAGACAACAAAUCCUGAAACAUUAGAUCGGUCGGAUGCGGGAAAAGCUACAGAGCGCGCACCCAGUUCAGCCAGUCAUUCGCCAGUUCGUUCACGAGCUGAAGUUGUGCAGGAUGAGGAGGCGAGUCCAACCGAUCUGUCCACUAUGGCGAGCAAGUCUUCUGCGCAAUCCGGCUAUCGUUUGGUUACACUAUCCGGUCCGCUCCAGGCCCAACUGAUGGCCCAUUGGCGCAUCUUUCAGUGUCUCAAAUCUCUUCGUCCGCGAGAGGAGAAGCACGAUAAGGUCUCAGCAGAUAAAUCCACAGUGACCAAUUCUGACGACAGUUCACGGUUGAAGAAUGCAAAGUCGGAUACACCCAACUCACAAUUUCACGCUGCUGAAACACUUCGUUUGGCCACUUUAAUCUGUAUUCCGUACGCCUUCUGGUCGUGGCUCACUGUUCCCAAUACCACCUUCGAGCACCCAGACCUACCGGAUGAAGAUCGACAGCGAACAAAUGCUUCCGCCCUAAGUUGGCUUCAAGCAGAGGCACGACGUCGCAUGCGGGAUCGCUUCCCGGACUACGCGCAGAUUAAAGCCAUUUGUCCUCUAAGGAGACCGAAAAAUCGAAUCAUGGCUCGAAUUUGUCGCGGUCCAGUGGUUACCGGCACACAUGCACCUACCACACCCACAACAGCAGCUGUUGGCAAUUUGGCCUCACCCAUGGAUGAUAUUGUGACUGCUCUUUGGUCUGAUCGUAGCCGAGCACCAAUCGAAAUCUAUGCGGAUUACGAAACAACCCAGUUUCUUUUGGGUUGUUUGCAUCAUAUGCACGCAAUUUGGCUUUAUGGCGAGACAGUGGUUCAACGAACUACGGCUAUGUCCAACCAAUCCGCACUGUUAUCCACACCACCCUCUCGGAGACAACAACCUCUAGUCUAUUCGGGUGCUCGAAGUGGUGUCCCGUCACAUCUGGGUCCGGGACUACGACAAACCAUACCAGCAGCCAAUGAUCUGAACGGACUUAUUGCAGCAACAUCUGCAGCUGGACGAGGGACGCUGUUCGAUUGGUCUCCUUUGUGGUGGCCCUGGUUACCGGUCGAUCCAUAUGGCCGUGUACUAGGUAAUCCGAAUGGCGCUGUCCAAUUAACUCAUCCUGCUGCUUUCGGUCAAUUCCCGUUAAUUCAAAGCACAGCGGCUCCUGGUACAACCGCUUCUGGACCUGGACUAAUCCCAAAUGUGUCCAAAACCGGACAGACUAACACAGGUGGUCCUUCCUCGGCACUGUUGUUCAAUCCGUUCCCACUGACGCCCUCUUUAGUCGAUCUCCCGGGUAAACCCUUCACCGGUGGAUUGCGAUGGGAUGAUUUUUCCCGUACUGAUCGUACCCCGUCUCGUAAACAAGGUGGACCACCUCGACCACAUCCACCUGUUUCGCGUACGCGUGAACCGCAUCCGGAACCCUCCGCGCCGCCGCAGACCGAGGAGUCUAGUACAUUUUCGAAAACGGAUUCACCUACCGAUGUGAGUUCUCAUCUAAGAUAUUUUCACUCCAAUUGGUCAACGAAUAGCAUUUCUGUAGCGUCUCAUUGUUUCCCGUCGAAAGACCGAAGUUGUCCAGGCUAA